AUGUGGAUGUUAGUGACUAUCCGGAGACGCCACAAUGAAACUGAUAUGGCCAUAAGACUUGCACAUGGCCCAGAGCUUACCAGGAAACAACGGGUCAGCAGAUUUGCAUUCGCACAUGAACAUGUGAAAUUGGGAUAUGGAACAGUGGAGCCAAAACGUGGAUUGACAGGUAAAGACAAAAAUGGAACCUUCGCAAAAAAGAAAACGGGGCUCAGGAUGGUCUCAAACUGA